AGUUUAACAAAUAAUUGGCGAUUGAAUCCUGUAUUGAAAUUUCUGAAAGAAUUGGGCGAAAAUCGUGUCAAUCAUUUAUACUAUUCAAUCAAAAACGGCAUCAAAAGUGGUCUGUUAUGCGACUCAUGCGAAAUGGUCUUAAGUUUGGCUAAACUAUCGGUAUAUUCUGUUUGGGAAUUAAAUUAUAUGAUGAGCGGUGUCUGCGAAUCGUUCCGGUUUGAGGACAGGCGUGUCUGUUCAGGUAUGGCCGACCUGUUUGCCGAACAACUCUAUUAUAUACUCAGACACACCAAACUGGCCAAACAGGAAAUGUGUGCCCAACUGAUUGGCGCACAAUGUUUGCCCGAUAUAUGCGUUUAUGAUAAGAAAAAUAAAUGGACAGUUAGUUUUGAUAACAAAUUCAUAUUAAAUACAACAACUACUGUCCACAACACCAACAACAACAUAGUCAACAAUACAAUCAGUGAUUAUAAUAAUAUUGUUGUCGAUAGUAGUACUAGUGAUGAUGGAUCUACUGAUGAUAAUAAAACUUAUAAAAUACUUCAUCUAUCGGACCUACAUAUCGAUCCGUUUUAUAGUUACAAUUCAAGCAGCGCUUGCGGCGAACCAUUAUGCUGCCGUACUACCAGUGCCCAGGGUAAGGGCAGUGCCGGCUACUGGGGCGACUACAAUAACUGCGAUUCACCCAAAUAUACCAUCGAAAUGUUGAUGACCUACUUGAACAAGACAAUGGCCAACGAUUUCCAAUAUAUCAUAUGGACAGGCGAUAUAGUGGCACACGAUGUCUGGAAUACUACCAGAGAUAUCAUAAUCAACGGCUCCCGUUCCCUAACCCAACUAAUCAAUCAACAUAUAGCUAAUGGAAAACUAGUAUUUCCUGUCGUCGGAAAUCACGAAGGAUUACCUGUUAAUCAGUUUGCACCGCCAGAAAUUGAGGGAAAGUUAUCUAUCAAAUGGUUAUACAAUGAACUACUUAAUCAAUGGUCUCAAUGGAUACCCUGGGACUAUCAUCAAACAUUUGCCACCUAUGGUUGUUACGCUAAAAAUGUAUCGGAUUAUUUGAGGAUUAUCGUAUUGAAUACAAACUACUGUUCCCGUUUAAAUUUUUGGCUAAUGUACGAUCUGGAUGAUCCAGGUGCUCAAUUGAAAUGGCUGGCAGCUGAACUAUUCAAGGCUAGCCAAUUGGGACAACGGGUCCAUAUUAUUGGUCACAUACCGCCCGACAAUACCCAAUGCACAUCGCACUGGGUGUACAACUAUUUACGUAUUGUCCAUAAAUACAAUCAGACAAUUGUUGGCCAAUUUUUUGGUCACACACAUUUCGAUGAGUUUCGGCUACAAUAUUCACCCGAAAACAAAUCCCAGCCAAUCGGUGUCGCCUAUUUGACGCCCAGUGUUACCACUUAUAUGGGCGUCAAUCCGGCAUUCAGAUUUUAUACAAUCGACACCCAGGGAAAUGUUUUGGAUCAUCAAAACUAUUAUUUAAAUCUAACCGAUGCUAACCAUCACAUCCAACCAUCACAACAACAACAACUACAGCAACAAUGGAUUAAUGAAUAUUCAGCCAAAAAAUCAUAUAAUAUGACUACACUUUCGCCAGAAAACUGGAACCUAUUAUAUGAGAAAUUGUUGGUUAAAAGUGGAGACAAUCGGCUAUUUGAUAGAUAUUAUAAUCAUUAUCAUAGAUAUAGCGAUUGGUUUGCAAAAAAUUCAAGCAUUGAUUUCAGACAACAAUUAUUGAAUGCCAUACCUAUUGUCAGUCCUAUAACAUGUAAUUAAUUAAUUAAUUAAUAAUAAUAAC